AUGACUAAAAUUGCCAUCAACGGAUUUGGAAGAAUCGGAAGACUCGUUUUGAGAAUCGCCCUUCAGAGAUCGUCUCUCGAGGUUGUGGCCAUUAACGACCCUUUCAUCGGCCCGGAGUAUGCCGCGUACAUGCUGAAGUACGAUUCGACCCAUGGACGGUACCCUGGGAAAGUCUCCAGCGAGGGCAACAACUUGGUUGUUGGAGGCCACAAGAUUGCCGUUUAUCAAGAAAGAGACCCUUCGCAACUUCCUUGGGGCAAAUUGGGUAUCGAUAUCGUUAUCGACUCCACUGGCGUGUUCAAGGAGCUUGACACAGCUCAAAAGCACAUUGAUGCCGGUGCCAAGAAAGUGGUCAUCACGGCUCCUUCCAGUACGGCCCCAAUGUACGUGAUUGGCGUCAACGACAAGAAGUACAAGGGCGAAAAAAUCGUCUCCAACGCUUCAUGUACCACCAACGCUUUGGCUCCUUUGGCCAAGAUCAUCAACGAUGAAUUCGGUCUCGAGGAAGGUCUCAUGACAACCGUGCACUCCAUUACCGCAACCCAGAAAACCGUGGACGGUCCCUCUCACAAGGACUGGAGAGGCGGUAGAACCGCUUCCGGUAACAUCAUUCCUUCGUCUACAGGUGCUGCCAAGGCCGUUGGUAAGGUUUUACCGGAAUUGCAAGGAAAAUUGACUGGUAUGUCGAUCAGAGUUCCAACCGUGGACGUUUCCGUGGUUGAUUUGACUGUCAAAUUGGCUAAGCCUACCACUUACGAUCAAAUCAAAGCCGCUCUCAAGAAGGCAUCUGAAGGUGAGUACAAGGGCGUCGUUGGCUACACCGAAGACUCGGUUGUAUCCUCGGAUUUCUUGGGUGACACUCACUCAUCAAUCUUUGACGCUAGCGCCGGUAUUCAAUUGUCACCUAAAUUUGUGAAGUUGGUUACCUGGUACGACAACGAGUUCGGAUACUCCAACAGAGUCGUUGAUUUAACCGAACUUGUGGCCAAAGCCUAA